CGUCUGCCACCUCCUCGCCCCCAUCGCGUCCCCGCUUCUGUACCCGUCUCUUGCCCGCUUCCGCUCCUUCACGAGCCAACGAACCAAUAACCUGUAUCCCUACCAUCUACGCCUGUCCAAAUGGCUACCCACACCCCCAUAAAUGGCGUAAAGAUAUCGCCCGUCGAUGACCCUCGAAAGGUCGUCCGCGUCGUCGCCUCCGAUGGCAAGACCGGCGACGUCAAGGAUCUCGUCUACACCAACUGCAAGGUCAUCGGCAACGGCUCCUUCGGAAUCGUCUUCCAGGCAAAGCUCAUGGACGAAUCCGACGGCAACUCGGACAUUGCCAUCAAGAAGGUUCUCCAGGACAAGCGGUUCAAGAACCGUGAGCUCCAGAUCAUGCGGCUGGUAUCACAUCCCAACGUGGUCGACCUCAAGGCCUUUUUCUAUUCUAAUGGCGAGAAGUCGCAAAAGAAAGAUGAAGUGUACCUCAACCUUGUCCUCGAAUACGUUCCAGAGACCGUGUAUCGUGCUAGCCGUCACUACGCAAAGCUCAAGCAGCCCAUGCCGAUGCUGCAAAUCAAGCUGUACAUGUACCAGCUCCUCCGCUCCCUGAUGUACAUCCACUCCAUCGGCAUUUGUCACCGGGACAUCAAGCCCCAGAACCUCCUUCUCAACCCCGCCACCGGCGUGCUCAAGCUCUGCGACUUUGGGUCCGCAAAGAUCCUCGUCGCCGGCGAGCCCAACGUCAGCUACAUUUGCUCGCGGUACUACCGCGCCCCGGAGCUCAUUUUCGGAGCCACGAAUUACACCACGAACAUCGACAUUUGGUCGACGGGGUGCGUCAUGGCGGAGUUGAUGCUGGGACAGCCGCUCUUCCCCGGGGAGAGCGGUAUCGAUCAGCUCGUGGAGAUCAUCAAGGUUCUCGGUACACCCUCACGGGAGCAGAUCAAGACGAUGAACCCAAACUACAUGGAACACAAAUUCCCUCAGAUCAAGCCCCACCCAUUCUCAAAGGUCUUCCGCCCGCGCACAGCGCCCGAAGCGAUCGACCUCGUCUCCAAGCUGCUCGAGUACACGCCAGAGGCGCGGCUGAGCGCAGUGCAGGCGAUGUGCCACCCCUUCUUUGACGAACUGCGCGUGCAGGGCGCGCGGAUGCCGAACGGCAAGGACUUCCCACCACUGUUCGACUUUACUCGGGAGGAGCUGUCUGUGCGGCCAGAUCUGAUGAGACAGCUGGUGCCGUCGUGGUGCGAACCGGAGCUGGCCUCGCGGGGAAUCGACCUCGACAACUUCGUGCCGAUACCUCUGGAGCAGCUGCGAAUCUCCCUGGAUUGAUGGGCCCGUCGCCCGGUGCAUGGGACUCUUCAUGGUCACGGUCUCUGUCUCUGAGUUUUCUCUCGUCUGUUCUGCCCAAGUGCCCCGUCCCGCCGCCGUCCAUAUAUAUAUCUUGCCUUGAGCAGCACUUGGCCCGCCUCCGCUGUAUGUGUUAUGCCCUGACGUGUCCUUCGCCAUGCAUAGGAGGGUUGCUGGCGUUGUGUUGCAUGAGUAUACUCGUUACAAUAUG